GCGGGAAUUGCCAGGGUGGGAAUUCCAGGAUGGCCACAGCAGGGUUGGAGCCAGGAGCCACCGGCACCGAGCCCCAGGAGCAGCAGGAAGGGACCAGCCCAGUGGAGAAGCCUUGGCACACCCCAGGCCAGGCCCACCCCGGAUCCACAGGGAGCAGCCCAUGGCACAGCAGCGCCAAAGCCGCGGAGCCGGCGGAUGCCAGCGACGUCAUCCGCGGGCUGAUCCGGGAGCUCUCGGACCUCAACCGCCUGGCCAUGGGAGCCCGCCGAGGGCUGGAGCUGCUGAGGAGGCCGAAGCCGCGGCGCGGCCGGAGGGCGGUGCCCGGGGGAAGCCGCUGGAAAGAGGGGUAGGGCCAUCAGGAAUAAUAAUUAAUAAUAAUCAUUUAUUGAUGGAAACAA